AUGCUGUAUAAGAGAGUUCUUGUUCAGCAUAGAGAAAUUAGUUGGGUGGAUCUUGUUUCUUUUUAGAAAAAUAGUCCUUCGAAUCUUUGUGAAGAUGGUCAUAGUUGGGGUAAGAAAAAGGAAGUACUACCGGGAAAGCAUACAACUUAAGAGGCUUUGGAAUUUCUCAACAGGGAAAUUUCUGAAGACAUACACUGGACAUACUAAUUCGAAAUUCUGCAUUUCAUCUGCCUUUUCUAUAACAAAUGGGAAGUAUAUUGUCAGUGGUACUGAGGAUAAUUGUGUAUAUUUGUGGGAACUUCAGACCAGGAAGGUGGUUCAGAAAUUGGAAGGUCAUACUGACACUGUUAUAUCAGUAGCAUGUCAUCCCACCCAGAACAUGAUUGCGUCUGGUGCUCUUGGCAAUGACGAGCUUGGGGAUCUGGACUCUGGGAAGAGAAUGAUUAAUUUUCUGGUUGUAGAUCCACAACAUGAUUUAAUCUGUGCGUAAGUGAAGAUUUUGACCCUCAAGGAUGAAAAGCUUCUGCAUUUUUUUGCCAGACUCGUGCCUUUUCUACAUGAGAUCACUUUAUGGUCCUUGUUCUAAUGCCUUGUAGCAGCUUUAAUUUGUCCAACUGCCUGGUUACAGACGAACUCUAGAACUUGUGAUUUGUAUGAGCUAAUGUUAAAAGUAGCAUUUCUAUCAUGUUUUUGAGACUAGAGGGCUAGAGUCACUCUCUGUGUCUCCCUCUGUCCUGUGCUUAGCUGCUAUUUGUUGCAUUUUUGGAUAGCUUUGUUCUGUUUGAACUGCAAAGUGAAGCUAAGCAAAUCAGCAUGGAAUGUCUGGUUGGUAGUGCUUAA